AUGAACCACGACGUUAUUAAUCUUUUUAUCCUUUUUUUUCUUUCUUUUUGUUCAUUUCUUUGUACUUAUUCAUUUUUUAUAUCUUUUUCUUCUCUUUCUCUGUCUCUUUCACUUCCCUUUAUUCUCUUAAUCUUUUCACUUUUCUUUUUCUUUCUAUCACUUUUUGUCAUUCCCUUUUUAUAUCCUCUUCUUUGUCUUUUUUCUUUUCAUCGUUUUUCUCUUUUUUUUUCUAUUCCUUUUCCUUUGUCUUAUUUCGUUCUAUCAUACGACAAAUUUGACAAAGGUGCGCGUCAAUGCGUGCCUCCUCCACGCAAAAAUUGCCCAAUCCCUCUUCUCAUCUCUGAGUCACCACAGGUGUCACGGAUUAACCCUUUUAAGAGAACGAGAAAAGGUGUAGCCUGGGGGAAGACCUGCCUCCCUCAGAAACUGAACGUAAUCAUAAUAAACGCGUAG